UGUAAUGGAAAAUAUCAUGUUAAUUUACUGUGCAGUGAAAGUGAAUGGUCUAGUAUGCAAGGACCCAAUGCAAGUUCAAGCAGAGGAUUUCUUCUUCAGUGGGCUACACCUCAGGGGUAAUACAUCAAACCCUGUGGGAUCAAGGGUUACCACAGUCUUUGCAGCUCAGUUACCUGGGCUAAACACUUUAGGCAUCUCAAUGGUUCGUAUUGACUACGCGCCAUGGGGACAAAACCCACCUCACAUUCAUCCAAGAGCCACCGAGAUUCUUACGGUUCUAGAAGGAACUUUACAAGUUGGGUUUGUCACAUCCAACCCUGAUAACCGUUUUAUCACCAAGGUGCUGAAAAAGGGUGAUGUUUUCGUGUUCCCCGUAGGACUUGUGCAUUUCCAACAUAACGUCGGUAAUGGGUAUGCCGUGGCUAUUGCCGCAUUGAGCAGUCAAAACCCUGGUGCCAUAACAAUUGCAAAUGCUGUUUUUGGUGCUAAUCCUCCAAUUCCUGGAGAUAUUUUAGCCAAGGCAUUCCAAGUGGAUAAAAGUGUGGUGGAGCAGCUACAAUCAAAGUUCUAG